AUGGCGCUCAAAGGUGGCAUACUUACGCUCCUUGCGUUCGCUGGGACCCUCGUUCAUGCGGAUGGCAUAUAUUCGAAGGGCUCGCCAGUACUGCAAGUCAACGCUAAGACAUAUGACUCGCUGAUUGCGCAGUCGAACCAUACUUCCAUCCUCGAGUUCUAUGCCCCUUGGUGCGGUCACUGCCAGAAUCUCAAGCCCGCGUACGAGAAAGCUGCCAAAAACCUCGACGGUCUGGCCAAAGUCGCUGCUAUCAACUGUGACGAUGACUCCAACAAACCUUUCUGUGGUCAGAUGGGCGUCCAAGGGUUUCCAACCUUGAAGAUCGUUAAGCCUGGGACGAAGCGUGGCAAGCCUGUGGUAGAGGACUACCAAGGUCCAAGAACUGCGAAGGGCAUCGUUGAUGCUGUGGUCGACAAAAUCCCCAACCACGUUAGAAAACUACAGUCGUCAACAUUCGACGAGUGGCUUGGCGACAAGUCUGUUACUGCGAAAGCCGUCCUAUUCACAGAAAAAGGUACCACCAGUGCUCUGUUGCGGGCUGUAGCCAUUGACUUCCUCGGAGCCAUCAAAGUCAGUCAGGUCCGCAGCAAGGAAACCGAUCUUGUGGAGAAGUAUGGCGUCACCAAGUUCCCAUCCCUCGUGUUGAUUCCAGGUGAUGAAGUCGAGCCCGUCACCUACUCGGGUGAGAUGAAGAAGCAGCCGAUUGUAGAUUUCCUGAGUCAAGCGGCCUCUCCGAACAAGGACACCGUCUCCGAGAAGGCCAAACCAAAGCCGAGCAAAUCGAAGGAUCCUAAGAAGUCGGCAUCUGCGAAAAGUGCAUUCUCGAAAGCCUCUGAAGCCCACAUGUCGGCGGAUCUCGAAGACGAACUCGGAGCCAGUACUAUCAUCCUGGAUGACAGCACUCCUACCGAGUCUCCUUUGCCUAUUGUCGAGGACAGCAAGCCCGCUGUCGUCGAGGACAUUCCGCCCAUCGCCAGUCUUACCACCCCAGCUGAGCUUAUCGAAGCUGCUCUUGGACCGAAGAAGGGCACUUGUAUUCUGGUCCUGUUGCCGCCUGCCACAGAGGGUUCGCUGUCCGAAGAUGCUGCAUCAGCUCUGAACUUCUUCGCUCAAAGCGCUGACAAACACCAAAAGCGCCACGACAGCGUGUUCCCCUUUUACAGCGUCCCUGCUGAGAACGAGCAAGCCAAAGUACUGCGGAAAGAUCUUGGUCUCAAGGAGUCUGAGCUCGAAAUUGUGGCCUUGAACAACAAACGUGGCUGGUGGCGGCAUUUUGAGGCCAAGUCCGCUUCGACCACAGAUCUGGAGACCUUCAUUGACAACAUCAAGCUGGGCGAGGGUUCCAAGCUCAAGCUUCCUGCUAACUUUGGGACUGGUCCAUCUGCCGAAGACCAAGGCCACAGCGAGCUGUGA